GGGCAGGAAGGGGGGAACUCUGUGGUCAGGGAGCCACUCGCUGAGCACAGCUGCACAGUGCUGGCAGCGCGUCCGAUCCCCGGCUCGCCGCCCUUCAGCUCCGGCCCAAGAUGAUUCCAGCCGUGCUCUUGAUCGUCCUCCUUUCGGUGGAACAAGCAGCCGCCCUGGGAGAGCCUCAGCUCUGCUAUAUCUUGGAUGCCAUCCUGUUCUUGUAUGGUAUCGUCCUCACCCUGCUCUACUGCCGACUCAAGAUCCAGGUGCGGAAGGCGGCGAUAGCCAGCUAUGAGAAAUCAGAUGGCAUUUACACGGGCCUGAGCACCCGGAACCAGGAGACUUAUGAGACCCUGAAGCAUGAGAAACCACCCCAGUAACUUUAGGACAGGUGCCCUUGGCCACAUCCUUCCGCGCCUGUUCUCCUAGCCCUCAUGGUCGGCGUCACACAUGCCUCCCGUUAAUGCCAGCUGACCCCGUCUCUGCAAUGAUGCUAUGCCCGCCCCCCCUCCGCGCCCCGCCCCCCCCCCCCCCCCCCCCCGUUAAUGUGCACACUGGUUCUUCCUCCCCGUCGAAGACCUGUGCUCAGAUGCUAGUCAUGAACGUUUAUAUUUUCGCCUCCCCUUCUUUCCUCCCCCUUCUCUUUCCCGUCUCCAACCCCCACUCGACAAUGACAAGAGAGGACCACCAAUAAAGCCGCCACAGACUGGA